CCAUGUAUCGUUCCCUCCCUAUCCGUAAUUAUAGUAUGGAAUUGAAACCCCGCUCCUGCCAAUAUAAAACUUUGAAUUUCAUGCGUGAAAAAUUGGGUUCAACUAAAUUUUGGAAGUCACAUCAUGAUUCACGUACGCCCCCUAUGACUGAAUACGAUGUGUAAAUAUUUGAAUAUCGCCUUGUCUGGAGAAGAGCUAUUCUACUUUGGGUUUGAAAGGGAUAACCAGUCCGGCAAAACCUCCAAUAAAUACGUUUGAUUCUUUUUUUUUAUUAAUGGACAUGAAUACGAUUCGUCUAGCAACCGAGUAUGAGGGUGAAGUCCUGUACGAGUUUCUCAAUGAAUACGUCAAAUCUGAAGGUUUGGAAAAACAAUUUGGGAAUUCAAAACAAAGUUUCUUGGAGCAUUUCAAGCAGAAGCUGUUCCAGGCUCUGGUGAUCGAGAAUAAAUCUGAGAAGCAAUUAGUCGGAUGUGCAUUUAUAUCUACGGGGUUUAGCUUUCUCUCGGGAGAAUGGAGACAUCUUCAUUGUUGCUACAUCAGACAUCCUUUCAAAAGUCACAAAUUGGAGAGAAAAGUGAUUCAGACAGUAAAAAGAAUAUGUUUCGAAGAAAAGGCGAAUACAUUGACAACGGUAGUGAAUGGAAACAAUCUCUCAACCCUUCAAGUAUUAGAAGCAGAAAAUUGUAGAAACACAAAACCAACCGGACAAGGUCAUCUACAUUUUUGGUUCAUGCAAAGCCAAUAUUCAACAGGAUCAGAUUAUGAGAUAAACAAUAAAGAUUACGUUAUUCGGGACGGUAUACUUCAAGAUGAUGAAGAACGAAAUAGAGUCUGUCACCUCGUAAAAGAGUCAAUGGAAUCACAUGGAAUUCUGGGGCACGGGACUGUUAUACGAAAUUACUUGGAACGAAACGCCCUUUUAGCCGAUGAAAAAUACGGAGCAGUCGUCUUGGAACAUCUACGUUGUGUUGAUAGUGACGGAACGACGUCGAUUAGCGACAUCGUUGGUUGUGUACUCUACUCCACGUUAUAUAAUGCUUUGAAAGGAAAGACGUAUAUACUUCACGGUCUCACAGUCAAUCCAGCUCACAGGGGUAAAGGACUUUCUAAAGCGCUUGUCCGUGGGUUGAUUAAGACCUGUCAGAGAUAUAGGAGUGACGGUAUUUUCUUCAUCAUAGCCGAUGGGAACGAUAUUUCGAAAUCGCUCUUUAAAUCUCUUCAAGGUACCACCGAUAUGACAGAAUCUGAACACAAAUGGGAAAUAUUCUUCUUCAAUCUCUGAAAUUAUUCUGAGAUACGAGACCGGGCUGUAGAAACUCUUUUACUGCAAUCACGCCCGCUAUAUUCACAUCAUUCGAAUCUUAAAGUUGACAUUUAUUGCAAAUCACAAAAAGUGACAAAAAAACUUAUAAUGAGGACAUUUUUAUACUUUCGUAAUCAUAAAGACCAAUGACAAUAAAUUUAAAUAUGAUUGUAUAAACACUUCUCAGAUUGAUACGCUCCCGGAAGCUGUCAGUCGUUUUCGAGGGUUUGAGGAUGACGUCAUUGAGUGUCUAACCUACGAGAGCAGAGAUCUCAUGUUAUACAAAUGCUACAUGCUGGCUACACAUCCAGACCGAGACAUUCAACAAAUCCCACAGAACCUCACAAUGAAAACACAAAUAUUGCCGAACAAGAGCAUACAUGAUAAAAUAUUAUAAAGAUAAACUACAUGUUAAAACAAUUAAUGAAUUCGAUGAAUUUAAACGAGUUUCAAAGAGGCAUACCAACUCUGUAAUGAUUUUUUUACACGGACUGUGUCGGUGUCAUCUAUCGAAUUCUGUUCAAAAAUGUUUUUUUUUCUCAAAAAAGGCAAAAAAUCAGUCAGUCCGGUAAAUACAAAACGUGAAGUGGUUUUUUUCUGCCAUCAAGAUAUGACGAUAUAUAGCUGGGAUUUUUCUGGUAAGGUCGCUGCGCAGCUAGCAUAUAGGCAUGAUAGGGGGCUGUUACAACCGAUAAAAGGCACCAGAUUAUGAAAAUGUAUCUCUCAACAAGUAUUUGGGUUGUGACACCC